AUGUGUCGGGGGCCCGCGCCCGCGCUCUGGGACUGGGACUACCUGGACCGCUGCUUCGCCCGCCACCGCGUCUGCAUCUCCUUCGGCCUGUGGAUCUGCGCCUCCUCCUGCUGGAUCGCCGCCCACACGCUACUUCUCUAUCUGAGAUGUGCAAAGAAAUCCGGACGGGACCAGUCAGCGCUAUGUGCUGCCUGCUGCCUCCUGACCAGCCUGUGUGACACCAUCGGGGCCAUUCUGGCCAGACAGCUUACGAUCCAGGUUUUCACAGGUGCCUACCUAGCAGCCGUUGACUUGGUGAACUUUGUCUUCAUCCUCUUCCCCAUCUGCGGCUGCCAACUGAAGGCUCAUUUGGGUCGGGGCUCCCGGAAAAGGAAGAGGAGGCGGCGGCUCAGGGCCAGUGUAUUUGCUCUGGCCCUGCCGCUGAGCCUGGGACCAGGCUGGGCUCUCUGGGCCGCUGUCCCCAGGGCUUCAGGCCCCGUCCGAGGGCCCCAGCGGAGGCUGCUGGAAAGCCUGCUGCAGGACAACACUGAGAUCCUCGGCUACCUCCUGGGUGGCAUCGCUGCCUUCGGCUCCUGGGCUUCCCGGAUCCCCCCACUCUCCAGAAUUUGCCAGGGUAAGGCGUUUCCCUCCAUCCACCUGUGGACUCGGUUCCUGUCGGCCCUGGCUGGCCUCCUCUAUGCCUCGGCCAUCGUGGCCCAUGACCGGCGGCCUGAGUACUUGCUCCGGGCCACGCCCUGGUUCCUGACCUCCCUCGGCCGAGCUGCGCUGGACCUCUCUAUCAUAUUCCUCUCCUGGGCAAUGAAGAGCAAGAUGAGACGGGCCUUGGGAUUUGCCCCCGAAGCCAGGGAGAGCCCCGACACCCAAGCCCUCUUGACCUGCACGGACAAAGAGGAAGAAAGCCAGGAGAAUUCAGAUUGGGUGCCUCUCACCACACUACCACCCUGCAAAUCACUCAGGACAAUGGCUGCCAUCAGUCGCUACUUGGAGCUGACCAUCGAGCCCGUGCAGCAGGCAAGCUGCAGCACCACCAGGCUGCCCGGCGAUGGACAGAUGAGCCCUGGAGACGCCACACUGCGGGAGCCCCCCUCAUACCCUCCCGUUCAGGUCAUCCGGGCCCGCGUGUCUUCCAGCAGCUCCUGCGAGGUCUCCUCCAUCAACUCGGACCUCGAGCAGAAGUAUUGGGAAGCCCUAAACUCGGAGCAGUGGGACCCUGAAGACAUAAACCUCGAAGGGAACAAAGACAACGUGGAGAUGCUCAGAUCCCAGGCGCAUAGGAGCUCCCUGGGGCCAGUGGCCUUGACGUCUGAGGAGGAACAUCUGGAACCAGCCCAUCAGCCCUGAGCCCCCAGUCAAGCGUUUGUCAGGAACUGAGCAGGGAUCAACCUGCGGUGACACCCACGGCAGGAAGCUCAGUUUCCGCAGAGGCUGCUCAUGACAGUGAGGAACCAGGCGCUGUCACUGAGCUUGGCCGCUCUGCAUCAUGGCUCAGAACAGAGCAAAGACUCUGGGUCCCGUGCACAGACCUGGGCAUGCACAGUUUGUUCUGAAGAUUAGAAGUUCACAGACCACUCUUGCUUUGCAGUAGAAACCUUCAUCUAAGGAGCAUGGAGCCCUCUCUUCCUUUUCCCUUCAGAUCUAUCUGCUAGGUGCCAGGAACGAGUUCAUCUAACAAAUAGCUCAUGUGUUUGGAUCUCCAUAGAGCCCCACUCUGCAAGACCUGGCUAAGCCCAGGAGAUGAGGGAUGGGCGCAUAUGUGGGGGAUACAGGACACAGUCACUGGUACUGAUGGGACCCGGCUCCUGGCCUCCCAGUCAGCCACCUGAGUUUUCUGCUGGAAGUUGGAGGUAGGACUGCUUGGUCAACCAGAAGUUUGUGAGCUCACAGGUGUUGAGAAGGCAAGCAAAGUAACUUGCUCUAGGGACUAGGACUUGCUCCAGCCCGCCAAGGUGUGUGCUGGGCAGGGUAUGCAGGUGAGGGGGACUGUCUACUUCGGGAGCUAACAUGAAAGCAGGCAGAGGGUAAGAGGCACGGUGGGAGGUGUUAAUUCAAGCACAGCCAUCUCAUGUUAGGAUUAUUUUGAUACUGUGAUCACAGGAAAGGGGAAGGGUGGAGGGAAUGGGGCCGAGGUGGGAGGAACACUGAGUGAAUUAAAUCAUGAUUGAGUUGAAGCAUCUCACUGUGGAGCACAGGGAUGUUUGAAUCCCAGCACAGCCGCGAAAGCCAGCCAUGAGGGGAACUGCGAGACAUGCCAAGAAACACAGCUCUGCUCCUGGCUGGCCCCUUGGAGCCUGUGUGACUUGGUUGCAAUUGCUCAGUUUCUCCAAAGGGGUAGGUACAAAUCCCAGCAGCAUGAAGAAGGGGGUGUCUCGGGGAAGCAGGCGGGUUCCACAGAUCUUUGUGGAGAUCUUAAUCUUUUGAGUGGCCUCUAACUGGAGGUGAACUUAAAGUCACCCUGUUUAUCCCCUUUAUCCAACUGCCUUGAUCCCUGGGUGUCUUGUAAUGGAGUUUGCGAAAGCCGGUUUUGCUUUGUGAUCCUAACCACGGAAGCUGUUCUUCGAGAGAAGAUGAAGAUCUGAGUGGGGGGUGAGGUGGAGAGUGCAUUUCAGAUGAAAUCAUACAGAGGAUUGGGGGAAGGUUGGAAUCCAGUCAAGGCAGGAGGAACCCUGAUGUGACCGGAAUCGAUGGUGCAAUCCGGGCUAGAUGGUGAAGAUGCUGGCAAGGAAUCAGACCGUGGAGGCAAGGGAGUUAGCUCUUAAUACUGUGGCUCAUGACUGAUACCAGAGUAGGAAAGGGACUGACAUGACUCUGGUAGGCCACAGCUUUGCAGGAAGCAGAAACGUAGUCAUGGCACAGUAUGAACACGGAGAACAUAUUUCACUGGAGUGAUAAAAGCAGGGCAGAAGGAGGGCUCUUCUUUAGAAAGGCAAGAAGGCACAGGGACAGGAUACCAUCUCUGGAGUUUACAUUUCACAUAUCCUUCCUCUCUCAAGAGGAGGCUGGCCCAUGCUCGGGACCGCGGUGGGGUGGGGAGCACCAGAACUUGGCUGGAUCUUGAUGGAAAUGGCCAUUUACCCAAGAAAGUCAAACAGUCUUGCUGAUUUGAGCAGCACAAACUACUUGAGUCCCAGAUGUUGUCUGUCUCCCUAGUUCCCAUCGAUCAUCCCAGCCUUCCUUCACAAACCAGUUCCUCGUGUCUCAAAGCUGAAUCUCAAGUCUCUUCACCCAGAAUAAACUAUUAAACUGAAAAUCUUGGAAGCAAACUUUGGCCUCCUUGUUCAAUAAGAAUCUGCCUGUUAUGCAAAGCUCUGGAACCCUGGAGCCUUUGUAAAGAGGUGCCAACCAAAAUGCCUUUCUCCUGGUCAGAGUGUCCCUCUCCCGGGCCUCCAUUGCGGCUUCAUCCCCAUCAGACCAGGAGGGUAAUGCGAGUUACUUGCCCUGAAGACUCACUGAGCAGUGAGAAGGGUUACCUACAAGGGAAAAGGCUGGGAAACAAACUGUAAUCAUCUCCUGCCCACUCAUCUAGAUGUGAGUGAUGGUGUAAUGCGGUCUGAGUUGUGCUGCCUAUUAUCACCAUGGCUUGGAGCAUGUUACCUAACCUUUGUGAACUGAGGUAAACAGAAUACCUAUCUACAAAACUUGUUGUGAAGACUAAGUAAAUCAACAUACAUGAACUGUGUAACCCACCAGUGCCUGGACUCUCAAAGUAGGCCUUGCAAAGGGAUUAGUUUCCUUCUUCCCUAUACGUCCUGGCCACUUAUGUGCAGAAAGGCUAUAAGUAACCCAAAAUAUCAGACCCACAAAUAGAACGGUCUUCAGAGGUUUGAAUCCCCUCAACAAUCC